AUGGCCAAUACCCUCCCGUCCGAACUUCUCACCAAAGUGUUCGAGAACAUUAGCCCUUGCGACAAUCCGAGACCUACCGUCCAUUCUUGUCUAGUCAUUAACAAGGAAUGGUAUGAUGUUGCUCUUCGCUUGCUUUACAAGGACCUCGUGUUCUUUUUUGGUCCUCAAUUGGAUCUCUUCAUAGCAUGUCAUGAUCGAUGGGCCGUUUCUUCUUUGACACGGUCUUUGACUGUCUACAUAAAUCGCCCACCUGAAACACCGGGAGGCUUUUACAGCGACACUCAGCAUUCAUUCCUUCAACUGGCGGCGGAUGUGAUUCCGCGCAUGAACAAUCUCAGGUCCCUCUCUCUAGCGCGCCAUCACCGAGUCCCGGCCUGUUUCAUCAAAAAGCCAAUUGUUUCAGCCAUUCUGAGAAGCAUUCCGCCAAGUUGCACAAGUCUGGAGCUUGCUUUGGGAACGUCGGAUAUGAUUGAUAUUGAUGGACCUGAACUUCAUCUUUGCGAGGAUUUGCGCCCCCUGCUGCGCCGUAUGCAGCAUGUCCACAUCGAUAUGAGCUCUCUGUGUGAUGCAAUGUUUGGCACCUGGGACUCGGAUGACUGCUUUCAUCCCAUUGCUCUGCCAAAUCUUCAAAGUCUUCACGUUCCUUGCGUUGGAAUGCAGAACAAGACACUGUGUCCAGAACGCCACCAGCAGGAUCAGGGGUCACUCUGGAAAUCGAUCAUCACGGCUCUACAGCUGGUAGUUGAGCUGCCAGAUACCGCCGAUGCAGAUAUCACCGUCUUGGGAUCAGUGGCGCCGUUGAGCUCCUACAAGCUGGAUACUUACACGACACUGUUGCGCUGUCAUAUAAAAAAAGGGCGGACUACGACUUGGGCAUUUCCCACCACCAAAUACGUGGUUGGGGGGGAGUUGCAAGGUCGGAGUUGGAAGAUGUUGCUCCUCUACAUACGUUUGAACCACGAGACGUACAUGACUAAUAAACAAUGGAUAUACACGUUAGCUGCCGGAUGGCCGUGGAGAAUACUCAACACAGACGCGAGGCUGCCUGCACCUUGGAGUAGCAGUGCCAAAUGGAUGCCAGACGAAAAGCUUAGGAUCAAGACCUGGGAGAAGUGGGCGAAGGGGAGUCUAGAUGAAGUGCCUAUGCUAUUGAAGAAUGAGGAACUUGCUGGAAUGCGGCUUAUAGAUGCAGAGGAGCGUGAGGGCUGUGACGAGGUUUGUCUGGUGGAAAAGACACCGGCUGGGUUUGUCAGACCAAGCCGCUGGCGCCGAGGCCAGCUUUUCAGGGCAAGUGGAGAAUAA